AAGUUCAGUGCGUUGCUCUCCGGGCCGGACGGACGGACGCCUCUGAUUGGUGGGUUGCGGCGGUGACAUCACGCCGCCCGUGACGCGCACGUCUUCCUGUUUCCUUCAGCCUCGUCUUAAAGUGAAUCUUAGUGGCGGAGGAGCGCGCCAGCAUCCAGUCGUCCGCAGCCAGUGCGCCUCGGAGACGCACACGCGCGCACACAGUCGCGCGCUCUCUCUCUCUCUCUCUCUCUCCCCCUCUCUCCCUCUCCCUCUCUAUGUCUCUCACUCUUUCAGUCACAGCAGAGGAUCGAGGGAGAGACCGACGCGCAAGAGCUCUUCUCAUCUUCUAUGUUCUCCCCUUUUGCUUCCUUUCGCGCGCGUCGCCGACUUUAUCCCCGCUCCUCUGAGAAACUGUUUUUUACUCCAGCAUCCCGCGAUCCGCCGAGCGCUCCCUGUGUCCUCGUCCCCUUUUUUCCUUUUUUUUUUUUGUUCCUCCUUCUUCUUCGCCGCAGGAGUUCAGGUUGGCCCCCCUGCUCAUCGAAAAGGGUACUCAGAGGCUUCGAUCCAAGUGGACUGGGUUUGUGGGAUAUGGCCCAAUAGCAACAGCCCGUGAUGCCGGACCAUGACAGCGACUCCCUCCUGAACAGACAGACCAAGCGAAGACGUGUGGACAUUGGUGUUAAGAGAACCGUGGGCAGCACAGCCUCCUCCACAGCAGCAGCCAUAACAGCAACCACUGAUAACAUUGCCCGCGCCAAAGCAGCCAUUUUCAGUGCCAUGAACUCUCUGAGCUCCCACUCUCACCACGGAUCAGACACCGACUCCAUGGAGUGCUCUGUAGUGCAGCCACAUGGUGGGCCUGGCGUUAUUUCAGCCAGCGACAGUGAGUCCAAGUCCAAUGUACUCCGAAAGCUAUUGAAGAGGGCCAACUCAUAUGAGGACGCCAUGAUGCCCUUCCCUGGCACCACCAUUAUCUCUCAGCUUCUCAAGAAUAACAUGGCUAAAAAUGGAGGGGGACCCGAGAGGGGAGAAAGAGGAGACAGGGGCGAUAGGGUGGAAUCAGGCUUCCCUGGAUCACGGCUCUCCAAUGCAAGCUCAGAUGCUCCCCAGGAGGAUGCCUGCAGUAACUCUUCACAGGACAGCACACCUCAAGAGUGCUUGUCACCAUUUGGCCGUCCUCCUGGCCUGGCCACCUUUGACAUUGAACGUCUCAAUGAUGAACACCUGCGUGCCAAGCGAGCCCGCGUAGAGAACAUUAUACGUGGUAUGAGCCAUUCACCCAGCGUUGUGAUACCUGCUGCUUCCCGUCAUGAACGUGACCACGAGAUGGAUGGAGAGCGGGAGAUGGAGCUAGACUGCCCACCUCCUCAGUCUCAGCAGCAGGCCCCCAGCAGCCCACGGGGAGGCGAGGUGUGCAGCAGUAGCAGCCGAGAGAACAAGCGUAAACAGCGUCUGCCUCAACAGCAACAGCAGAGCUUCACCCAGCUGGUGUGCCAGAGGAAGGAGCAGAAGCAGGAGGAGCGCCGGCAACUGAAGCUGCAGUUGGAGGACAUGCAGAAACAGCUACGCCAGCUGCAGGAGAAGUUUUUUCAGAUCUAUGACUCAACAGACGACUCGGAACACACCGACCUCCACAAUGACAUAGGAAACAUGUCUGAGGAAAGCCCAACCAGGUCUGACACUGGUGGUGACGACCGGGGUGGAGAUGACUUGCGCUCUGACAAUGAGAUGUCUGACCUGGACCCGGGCCAUUUCCUGGACAGGGCACGGGCAUUGCUUCAGGAGCAGGCCCUGCUGGCUGACGGAGAAAAGCCACGAAGAGAGGGGCUUGGUCGAAGCAAAGGACAGGGAGGUCCAGGCUCCUCCAUGCAUGCCGAGGGUAAACAGCUGGCAGAAACACUGAAGCAGGAACUCAAUUCAGCCAUGACCCAGGUAGUGGACACAGUGGUUAAGGUGUUUGCCAAACCUCCUCGCCCUACACCCCAGCAGGCCUUCCCCCCACUAUCCAUUCCUCCUGAAAGAUUUCCCACUGCUCUCAAUGGAGACAAUCCCAAUUUCCACACCGCCAACCAGAGGCUGCAGUGCUUUGGUGAUGUCAUCAUUCCCAAUCCACUAGACUCCUUUGCCAGCAUGCCUGGGAUGCCAGGUACCACCAAUGACCAAACCGAGGCAUUGCCAUUAGUCGUGAGGAAGACACCCAGUGAGCACCAGCACCACCACCACCACCACCAGUCUUCAGCUGUGGGUGCCCAUGGCGGUCACCACCACCCUGCCCUUCACCCUUCCUCGCUCUCUGCGUCCAUGGGCUUCAGUCCGCCAUCGUUUAGACACCCCUUUCCACUGCCUCUCAUGGGCUACCCAUUCCAGAGUCACCUCGGCGGACCCACAGGUGGCUAUACAGGCAAGGACCGUUCCUCUCCAGACUCCAUGGACCUGUCCCGGGAGACCACCAGCCUGAGGACCAAGAUGGCAUCGGGUCACCACAUGGGGCAUCACCAUCGCUCUUGUUCACCAGCGCACCCUGGUAGCACAGCCGAGGGUCUCUCCCUGUCCCUCAUCAAGUCUGAGUGCGGUGACCUUCAGGACAUGUCUGACAUCUCACCUUACUCAGGCAGCAAUAUCCAGGAGGGUCUCUCCCCCAAUCAUCUGAAGAAGGCCAAGCUCAUGUUUUUCUACACCCGCUACCCGAGCUCGAAUAUGCUGAAGAUGUUCUUCUCUGAUGUCAAAUUUAACCGCUGCAUAACCUCCCAGCUGAUCAAAUGGUUCAGCAACUUCAGGGAGUUCUACUACAUCCAGAUGGAGAAAUUUGCCCGGCAGUCCAUCAACGACGGAGUCACCGGAGCCGAGGAUAUGAGCGUCAGCCGCGACAGCGAGCUUUUCCGAGCCCUAAACAUGCACUACAACAAGGCCAAUGACUUUGAGGUCCCUGAACGCUUCCUGGAGGUGGCUGAAAUCACACUGAGAGAGUUCUUCAAUGCCAUCGUGGCUGGAAAAGACGUGGACCCAUCCUGGAAGAAGGCCAUCUACAAGGUCAUCUGCAAACUGGACAGCGAGGUCCCAGAGAUCUUCAAGUCCCCCAACUGUCUCCAAGAGCUUCUACACGAGUAAAUUCCUCCUCCUCCUUGCUCGACGCUUUGUGCUUUUUUUUUUCUUUUCUUUUCUCUGAUUUCUUAAAAUUUGAGAAUGAUUUUCUCUUUUGUUUUAUUUCCUUUCCCCAAAAAACUCUACGUUUGAUUUCCAUUUUUUUUUUUUGAAUGUAUGAAAGUUAUGAAGUAGCAUUCCCAAUCUGAAGCCUCUGUGGCAGUUCCUAAAUGACCUAGCUAUUGUGUUGUUGUUCUUAUAUGAUAAUUAUCAUGAUGCUUAUUAUUUGUUUUGUUUUUCUAAGAUUCUGAUGAACUGAAGAGACUCUAAUCUUACUGGGUGUUUUCUGGACUGUGUGAUCCCUCCUCCGUUUAGGCUUGCUAUAUGAUCAACACUAACUAAGUCCUCAGUGCGUGAAAGGACUUCUUGAGUUCCCACUUACAAUACUAAGAGCAUAGGCUGGGUUCCUGAAAGACUUGAUUCAAAGGCACCCAGCAGUGCUCCUGCAAUCCAGUGGGAUGUCCGCACGAACUGUCCCCGCAAAGUGGGGCGCCCAACAGACUGUGCUACUGAAGAUUCCCCUCACAGGACGGUCACACACAUGCACACAAAAACAAGGCCUAGUGAGGUUAUUGACUGGACUUAGACUGGACCCGCGGUACUGGUCUGUACUGGUCAGUGGGACUGUUUUCAAAUAGCUACUGAGCUCUACAAUGUUUUGAAGUUUUCCCAGCAAGUAGGGCAUUGUGUUUAUUGGGUGUACAUUAUUAUUUUGAUUAUUAUUACUGUUGUUUCUGAUUAUUAUUAUUUGUCAUCAUUGCUUGCUGAAGUUUGGCACUUCACAAUCUGUUUGUCCCUUGAUGCCGCUGCAGAAAAAAAAUAAAUUAUUGCUAUUAAUAUUAUUCCACAA